GCGAGUUGAUCGACCCCGAAUAUUCCCCCACGACAUGAACAACUCAAAUGAUUGGAUGUCAUCACCUAUGUAUUUGAGAAUAUAAAACACCAUGGGUCAGCACCUAAGCCUCUUCGUUGCUGUCGAAGUGCUCCUUGCGGGAGCCUUUGACCCGCUACUUGAUGGCCGAAUCCGUGUGCCGAUUCAAGACCAGGUUGUUGUGGACAAACAGGAAGGAUAUGCUAGUAGCGUAAGUAGCCAAGAAGCAGAACGAGAAGUAGUACCUGUAGAAGAUGCUAGUGGUGCUGCAGCAAAUAUUCCAGAACGAGCAUCAGAACCAGAGGAGGAGGACGAUGACAAGCCUAUUCCAAGAGGUGGCUAUCGAGGAUACAAAGCGUCUUCUAGGUCAUCGACGGCAUCGAGUAGCUCAAGCUCUUCCUCCAGGAGUCCCCGUAUGAUCUCGGCUCAAGACCCUGAUUUAACACGCAAAAUCAUCGAGAAUAUAGGACCUGAAAGCGCACUCUACCACGUGAAACCAACGGCAUACUAUUUCCGGGAUGACCAUGUGGAUGGAUGGCUCUCUCCCGAUUUUGAGACGAUUCAUAGAAAAUUGUACGGCGUUUCGCCUGAGGAACAUCAUGUGGUGAAAAAUUUCACAAACCCCUACGGCCUGCCGCCGACAUUUGGCAAAUUCCCGCAUUCGAAUUUGAUGCCAGAAUUUUUCCUGGAACAUGUGCUGGAUAGGUUAGGCACGAGGAGAGAAGGACUGUACGAACACUUGCCGAAAGUGAACUUUAUUGUCGAGGUAUUCCCUGAUUUUGCUAAGGUUUGGUUUGUUAUCCGAUUUGGAUGUCACUAGGGUUUGGUUUGUUAUGCGCGAGUAUUAAUGCUUGCCUCUCCUGUUGCUGAUCACUCCUGUCGCUAAACUCUUACCAAAAAUAACCCUUCGAUGCAAGUCUUGUUCAUCCUUGUUUUCAUCUACAUAAAUCGAUGCUCCUUAGGUGGGCUCUUUCCAAGGGCACUCAGCAGUUUUGAUUGCCUCGAUUCUAGACAGUAUCGCUGGACUGGAAGAUAUACCAGUUCUGUGCAUAGAUCCUUGGACGGGGGAUCUGAAUAUUUGGGCAAACCGUGAGUGGGACGCGGAUGUGCAACACUGGGCAUCACCAGUUAGGGAUGGGAGGUAAGUAGCAUUAUAUGUGUGGAUCUGGAAGAUGGUUGCUCCUUGUGUGCUAAAGAACCAUUGUAAGCUCAAACUGAAUUUCGUACCUUGUUUGGGAAAUUUCUAAAUUUUAUCCGUUCAGAACUCCACGUCAAGCGACUACAACAACUGCCAAUUAAACAACCACUACACGACACGACUCUACAACCAGGUCCCUCCUCUUCGACCAGUUUAUGACCAACGUCCAGUUCAAAGUCUCCAAACACUUGUCUCCGAACCACAUUCUCCCCUUCCACGCUACUUCCACUGUCGGAGCCCGCUUCCUCAAGGCCAUGAAGUGGCACCCUGAGGUGAUAUUCCUAGACUCAGCGCAUGAAGAACAGGAGACGCUGAUCGAGUUGCGGUUGUAUUAUGAAGUCCUAGCUCCAGGAGGGAUAUUGUUCGGAGACGACUUCAAUUGGCCUGGAGUGAAGAACGAUGUUUUGACCUUCGUAGCAGAAAUGGGGUGGGGACGGGAUCCGGAAAGGGUCUUUGAUUUUCACAUACUGCCGGCUACCACAACUAGUGGUGGAUCAGUCCUGCUGUGGCUGUUGCACAAGGCCAAGUAUGUGUGAAGUCGUGACGGGCAGAUCACCACGAAUUACUGUACUCGUAGAAGUUCUACUAGUUCUUGUUUAUUCUAAGAAGUUCUUGAUGUUCGUUGUAGUUGUACUUGUAGACUUUCGAAGAAAUCGUAUGCGGGCAUGUUAAGGCACUCGUGAAGAAAAGUUGAAGAAUGACCACCAUCAGAAUUAAUGGAGAUUCUGCUGUCGGCCACCUCUGAACAAAAUACACCGAGUAAAGUUCUCGUUAU